AUGGAGCCCGAGGAGACGCGGGAGCUGCUCCUGCCCAGCUGGACGGGCAGCGGCUCCCACGGCAUCACCAUCGCCCAGACCGACGACGGCGUCUUCGUGCGCCGCGUGCAGCAGAACUCGCCGGCCGCGCGCAUGGGCGUGGUGCAGGAAGGGGAUCAGAUCGUCGGCGCCACCGUUUACUUUGACAAGCUGCCGUCGGGGGAGGCGGCGCAGCUGCUGCAGAGCCUGGGCCAGCACACGCUGGGGCUGCGGCUGCAGCGGCGCGGCGACCGCUCGCCCACGGCCGGACACGCCUGCGGCCACGCCGGACACGGCUGCGGUCAGCUGGAGCUGGUGCCCGGCAGCCCCGAGGUCGUGCUGAGUGGCGAUGACGAGGAGUACCGGCGCAUCUACACCACCAAGAUCAAACCGCGGCUCAGGUCCGAGGAGGGCCCCGAGGCCGAGGGGACGCAGAGCAGAACCAUCACGGUCACCCGCAGGGUCACCGCCUACACCGUGGACGUCUCCGGCCACGACGGCGACCUCGAUGUCCGCCUGCCCGCGACACCUGAGGGGCUUCACCUGAGCCAAAUUCCUGCUGGAGAAACUGGAAAAUGCCUGCCGGGCUGGAAGGGCGCCGGGGCCUCGCCGCGCGUGGAGGCCAACGGACAGUUUGGAGAGCUGGACGGGUCACUGCACGUGGCCGGAGGGGCUCCGUGUCCCCACGGGGAGCUCGGCGGCUCCUCCUCCGUGGACGUGGGGAAAAUCAAGAUCCCGACGUUAAAAAUCCCCAAAUUCGGGGUCCAGGCCGGUGGUGAAGCUCCGGCCCCGCAGGUGGACGCUGGGGUGGACGUCACCUGCUCGCCCGCCCUGGUGCCACAGGUGGACGUGGCGGUCAAAGGUGCCACCAAGGUCCCCUCCCCUCCGCUGGACGUCCCCAGCAUGGAGAUCCCAACCACGGAUGGCACAAAAGGGAAAAUCAAAAUCCCGCACUUGACCUUCCCCAAAUUCACCGCGCAGGGCGACGGCGGCGCCACCGUGGAUGUCCCCAAGGGCGUGGCUGUCCCCAAGGGCGUGGCCGUCCCUGAGGGCGUGGCCGGCCCCGAGGUGGCCCUGGAGGAAGAAUGGAAAGGCCCCACCUUCAAGAAGGUGGAAACGCCCCAAAUUUCGCUGUCGGACGUGAACCUGAACCUGAGGGGCCCCAGAGGGGAAGGGGACCCCAAAGGACUCGGCCCCAAGGGGCUCCAGGUGGACGUGGCCGGGCCUGGGGGUGGCCUGAAGGGCGUGGAGGUGGACAUUGGCGUGAAGGGGCCGAAGGGAGGAGUGGACGUGGCUGUGCCCACCCUGGGGGGCAAAUUGAGGGGGCCACAGCUGGACCUGAGAGGGCCCCAGACUGGGGUGGAGGUGCCCGGAGUGGACAUCAAAGGCCCCGAGAUGGGCAUCAAGACCCCCGAGGUGUCCGUGCCCGACGUCGACCUGAGCCUCAAGGGGCCCGGAGUGAAGGGAAACGUGGAUGUUGGUGCCCCAAAACUGGAAGGGGAGCUGAAGGGCCCCGGGCUGGAUGUCAAAGGCCCCAAAGUGGAGGUGGGGAGCCCAGAAAUGGAGAUCCAGAGCCCCGAGGGGAAACUGAGGUUCCCCAAGCUGAAAAUGCCCAAAUUUGGGGUGAAGGGAGAGACCCCCAGCGCCGAGGCGACCCUUCCCAAAGGGGGGGUGGACGUCUCCUGCCCCAAGGUGGACGUCGGUGUCCCAAGCGUGGACAUCAAGGGCCCCAAGGUGGACGUUGAAGCACCUGAAGUGGACGUGCAUGGCCCCGAGGGGAAAUUCAAGAUGCCCAAAUUUAAAAUGCCCAAAUUUGGGAUGCCCGGGGUCAAGGCAGAAGGUCCAGAGCUGGACGUGAACCUCCCGAAGGGCGGCAUGGAGGUGUCCGGCCCCAAGGUGGACGUUGAGGCGCCGAGUUUGGACAUCCAGGCCCCCAAAAUCUCCGUGCCGGAUGUGGAGCUGACCCUGAACGGUGCCAAGGCCAGCGGCGACCUGGACGUGUCCAUUCCGGGUUUGAAGGGCCCAGAGCUGGACCUCAAAGGGCCCAAAGUCGAGGUUGAAGCCCCAAAUUUGGAUGUUCAAGGGCCCGAGGGCAAACUGAAGUUCCCCAAGAUGAAAAUGCCCAAAUUUGGGGUGAAGGGAGAGAGCCCCGAGCUCGAGGUGACCCUUCCCAAAGGGGGGGUGGAUGUUUCGGCUCCUGGUGUCACCGUCGAGGUCCCCAGCAUGGACCUGAAGGGCCCCAAGGUGAAGGUGCCCGAGGUGGGCAUCAAAACCCCCCAGAUCUCCAUGCCCGACAUCGACCUGAGCCUCAAAGGGCCCAAAGUCAAGGCAGAUUUGGACGUUUCCGCCCCAAAACUGGAAGGGGAGCUGAAGACCCCCGGACUGGACCUCAAAGGGCCCAAAGUCGAGGUUGAAGCCCCAAAUUUGGACGUCCAAGGGCCUGAGGGCAAACUGAAGUUCCCCAAGAUGAAAAUGCCCAAAUUUGGGGUGAAGGGAGAGAGCCCCGAGCUCGAGGUGACCCUUCCCAAAGGGGGGGUGGACAUUUCUGCCCCCAAGGUGGACAUCGACGUCCCCAGCGUGAACCUGGAAGGGCCGGAGGUCAAAGGGAAAGGCCUCAAGUUCAAAAUGCCCGAACUCAAUGUUCAGACCCCAAAACUCUCCAUGCCCGACGUGGAUCUGGGCUUGAAGGCCCCGAAACUCAAAGGGGACCUCGGAAUUUCUGGGCUGAAGGGCCCAAAAAUGGACGUGAAAGGCCCCAAGGUGGAUGUAGAAAGUGCCAAAAUCGAUGUGAAAGGUCCCAGGUUGGAUGUGGAAGGUCCCAAGGUGGAUGUGGAAGGUCCCAAGGUGGACGUGGACGUGCCCGAGGUGGACUUGGAGUGUCCAGAAGGGAAAGUGAAAGGUCCCAAAUUCCGGAUGCCCAAACUCAACAUCAAAUCCCCCAAAAUCUCAAUGCCGGAUGUGGAUUUGAACCUGAAGGGACCCAAAGUGAAGGGAGACGUGGACGUGUCCCUCCCCAAGGUGGAAGGGGAGUUGAAAGCUCCAGAAGUGGACAUUGAAGGGCCGAAGGUGGACGUGGAGGUGCCCAGCGUGGAUUUGGAGGGGCCCGAGGGGAAGAUCAAAGGGCCCAAGUUCAAGAUGCCUGAGAUGCACAUCAAGACUCAGAAGAUCUCCUUGCCUGACGUGGACAUCAACCUCAAGGGCCCCAAGGUCAAGGGGGACGUGGAUGUGUCCCUUCCAAAGCUUGAGGGUGACCUGAAGGGCCCUGAACUGGACAUCAAAGGCCCCAAGGUGGACAUUGAGGCACCUGACGUGGACAUUCAUGGUCCAGAAGGAAAAUUCAAGAUGCCCAAGUUCAAAAUGCCCAAAUUUGGGCUGAAGGGAGAAGGCCCUGAGGUGGACGUGAACCUCCCGACAGGAAACCUGGAUGUGUCCGGCCCCAAGGUGGACAUUGAAGGUCCAGAUGUGGACGUGGAGCUGCCAGAGGGGAAGGUGAAGGGCCCCAAGUUCAAGAUGCCCGAGAUGCAUUUUAAGACCCCCAAGAUCUCCAUGCCCGACAUUGAUUUGAAUCUCAAAGGCCCCAAAGUGAAGGGGGACGUUGAUGUCUCUGUCCCAAAGCUCGAGGGUGACCUGAAAGCCCCAGACAUCGACAUCAAAGGCCCCAAGGUGGACGUUGAGAUGCCGAGUGUGGACAUUGAGGGGCCAGAGGGGAAGAUCAAAGGCCCCAAGUUCAAGAUGCCCGAGAUGCACAUCAAAGCCCCCAAGAUCUCCAUGCCUGAUGUUGAUUUCAACCUAAAAGACUCCAAAGUCAAAGGAGACAUCGAUGUUUCUGCUCCAAAGCUGGAGGGUGACCUGAAAGCCCCAGACAUCGACAUCAAGGGCCCCAAAGUGGACAUUGAGGCACCUGACAUGGACAUUCAUGGUCCAGAAGGAAAAUUCAAGAUGCCCAAGUUCAAAAUGCCCAAAUUUGGGCUGAAGGGAGAAGGCCCUGAGGUGGACGUGAGCCUCCCGAAAGGAGACCUGGAUGUGUCCGGCCCCAAGGUGGACAUUGAAGGUCCAGAUGUGGAUGUGGAGCUGCCAGAGGGGAAGGUGAAGGGUCCCAAGUUCAAGAUGCCCGAGAUGCAUUUUAAGACCCCCAAGAUCUCCAUGCCCGACAUUGAUUUGAAUCUCAAAGGCCCCAAACUGAAGGGGGACGUUGAUGUUUCCCUUCCCAAAGUUGAAGGAGACCUGAAAGCCCCAGACAUCGACAUCAAGGGCCCCAAAGUCGAUGUUGAUCUCCCUGAUGUGGAGCUGGAAGGUCCCGAGGGGAAGAUCAAAGGGCCCAAGUUCAAGAUGCCCGAGAUGCACAUCAAGGCCCCCAAGAUCUCCAUGCCUGAUGUUGAUUUCAACCUGAAAGGCCCCAAAAUCAAGGGGGACAUUGAUGUUUCAGCUCCCAAGCUGGAGGGUGACCUGAAGGCCCCAGACAUCGACAUCAAGGGCCCUAAGGUGGACAUUGAGGCACCUGACGUGGACAUUCACGGACCUGAGGGGAAAUUCAAGAUGCCCAAGUUCAAAAUGCCCAAAUUUGGGCUGAAGGGAGAAGGCCCUGAGGUGGACGUGAACCUGCCAAAAGGAGACCUGGAUGUGUCUGGCCCCAAGGUGGACGUUGAGAUGCCGAGUGUGGACAUUGAGGCCCCUGAAGGGAAGAUCAAAGGCCCCAAGUUCAAGAUGCCCGAGAUGAACAUCAAGGCCCCCAAGAUCUCCAUGCCCGACAUCGACCUGAACCUGAAGGGCCCCAAGGUCAAGGGGGGCGUUGAUGUCUCCGUCCCCAAGCUGGAAGGUGACCUGAAGGGGCCUGAACUGGACAUCAAAGGCCCCAAAGUCAAUGUUGAGGCACCAGAUGUGGACAUCCAUGGUCCAGAAGGAAAAUUCAAGAUGCCCAAGUUCAAAAUGCCCAAAUUUGGGAUGCCCGGGGUCAAGGCAGAAGGCCCUGAGGUGGACGUGAACCUCCCGACAGGAAACCUGGAUGUGUCCGGCCCCAAGGUGGACAUGGAAGGUCCAGAGGUGGACGUGGAGCUGCCAGAAGGGAAGAUCAAAGGCCCCAAGUUCAAGAUGCCCGAGAUGCACAUCAAAGCCCCCAAGAUCUCCAUGCCUGACAUCGACCUGAACCUGAAAGGUCCCAAAGUCAAGGGGGGCGUUGAUGUCUCCGUCCCCAAGUUGGAGGGUGACCUGAAGGGUCCAGAUGUGAACAUUAAAGGUCCCAAGCUAGAUGUGGACAUUCCUGAGGUGGACGUUGAAGGUCCCGAGGGGAAGUGGAAGGGACCCAAGCUGAAGAUGCCUGAGAUGAACAUCAAGGCGCCGAAGUUUUCACUGCCUGAUGUCGACCUGCACCUGAAAGGUCCCAAAGUGAAGGGAGACGUGGGCGUGUCUGCCCCAAAGAUAGAAGGUGACGUGAAAGUGACGGAUCUGGAGCUGAAAGGACCCAAAGUGGACGUGGAUGUGCCCGACGUGGAGCUGGAGGGCCCCGAGGGGAAGAUCAAAGGCCCCAAGUUCAAGGUGCCCGAGAUGCAUUUCAAGGCCCCCAAGAUCUCCAUGCCCGACUUUGAUCUCAACCUGAAGGGCCCCAAAGUCAAGGGAGAUGUGGAUGUGGCUGUCCCGAAAAUCGAGGGAGAUUUGAAGGCCCCAGAUGUCGACAUCAAAGGCCCCAAGGUCAAUGUGGAGCUCCCCGACGUCGACCUGGAGUGCCCCGAGGGGAAGAUCAAAGGCCCCAAGUUCAAGAUGCCCGAAAUGCAUUUCAAAACCCCCAAGAUCUCCAUGCCCGACAUUGACCUCAACCUGAAGGGCCCCAAACUGAAGGGGGACAUGGACAUUUCUGCCCCAAAACUGGAGGGUGACCUGAAGGGCCCAGACGUGGACAUCAAAGGUCCCAAGGUGGACAUUGAAGCUCCUGAUGUGGACAUUGAGCUCCCAGAGGGGAAGGUGAAGGGCCCCAAGUUCAAGAUGCCCGAGAUGCACUUCAAGGCCCCCAAGAUCUCCAUGCCUGACUUUGAUCUGAACCUGAAGGGCCCCAAGGUCAAAGGCGACGUCGAUGUGUCUGUGCCGAAGCUCGAAGGGGACCUGAAAGGGCCAGAGGUUUCACUGAAAGGUCCAAAAGUGGACGUUGAGGUUCCUGACGUGGAGCUGGAGUGUCCCGAGGGGAAGAUCAAAGGCCCCAAGUUCAAGAUGCCCGAGAUGCACUUCAAGGCCCCCAAGAUCUCCAUGCCCGACUUUGAUCUCAACCUGAAGGGCCCCAAAGUCAAGGGGGACAUCGAUGUUUCUGCUCCCAAGCUGGAAGGGGACCUGAAGGGGCCUGAAUUGGAUGUCAAAGGCCCCAAAGUUGAUGUCAACCUCCCUGACGUUGACCUGGAGUGUCCUGAGGGGAAACUUAAGGGCCCCAAGUUCAAGAUGCCCGAGAUGCACAUCAAAGCCCCAAAGAUCUCCAUGCCUGACAUCGACCUGAACCUGAAGGGCCCCAAACUGAAGGGAGAUGUCGAUGUUUCUGCUCCAAAGCUUGAGGGAGACCUGAAGGCCCCAGACAUCGACAUCAAGGGGCCCAAAGUCAAUGUGGACCUCCCGGACAUGGAGCUGGAGUGUCCCGAGGGGAAGAUCAAAGGCCCCAAGUUCAAGAUGCCCGAGAUGCACAUCAAGGCCCCCAAGAUCUCCAUGCCUGAUGUUGAUUUCAACCUGAAGGGCCCCAAAGUCAAGGGGGACAUUGAUGUCUCAGCUCCCAAGCUGGAGGGUGACCUGAAAGCCCCAGACAUCAACAUCAAGGGCCCCAAAGUGGACAUUGAGGCACCUGACGUGGACAUUCAUGGGCCUGAGGGGAAAUUCAAGAUGCCCAAGUUCAAAAUGCCCAAAUUUGGGCUGAAGGGAGAAGGCCCUGAGGUGGACGUGAACCUGCCAAAAGGAGACCUGGAUGUGUCCGGCCCCAAGGUGGACAUUGAAGGUCCAGAUGUGGACAUUGACCUCCCAGAGGGGAAGGUGAAGGGCCCCAAGUUCAAGAUGCCCGAGAUGCAUUUUAAGACCCCCAAGAUCUCCAUGCCCGACAUCGACCUGCACCUGAAGGGCCCCAAGGUCAAGGGCGAUGUCGAUGUUUCCCUUCCCAAAGUUGAAGGAGACCUCAAGGGGCCUGAACUGGACAUCAAGGGCCCCAAAGUCAAUGUGGACCUCCCUGAUGUGGAGCUGGAAGGUCCCGAGGGGAAGAUCAAAGGGCCCAAGUUCAAGAUGCCCGAGAUGCACAUCAAGGCACCCAAGUUCUCCAUGCCUGAUGUUGACUUCGGCUUGAAAGGCCACAAGGUCAAGGGCGACAUGGACGUGUCCCUUCCAAAGAUGGAGGGUGAACUGAAGGGGCCUGAACUGGACAUCAAGGGUCCCAAAGUGGACGUUGAUGUUCCAGAUGUGGACAUUCACGGCCCAGAAGGAAAAAUAAAAUUCCCCAAGUUCAAAAUGCCCAAAUUUGGGAUGCCAGGGGUCAAGAUAGAAGGCCCUGAGGUGGACGUGAACCUCCCGACAGGAAACCUGGACGUGUCUGGCCCCAAGGUGGACAUUGAAGGUCCAGAUGUGGACGUGGAGCUGCCAGAGGGGAAGGUGAAGGGCCCCAAGUUCAAGAUGCCCGAGAUGCACAUCAAGGCCCCCAAGAUCUCCAUGCCCGACGUUGAUUUCAACCUCAAAGGCCCCAAACUGAAAGGAGACAUCGAUGUCCCUGCUCCAAAGCUCGAGGGUGACCUGAAAGCCCCAGACAUCGACAUCAAGGGCCCCAAAGUCGAUGUUGAUCUCCCUGAUGUUGAUUUGGAAGGUCCUGAGGGGAAGAUCAAAGGCCCCAAGUUCAAGAUGCCCGAGAUGCACAUCAAAGCCCCCAAGUUCUCCAUGCCCGACGUCGACUUCAGCCUGAAGGGCCCCAAAGUCAAAGGUGACAUCGACGUCUCUGUCCCCAAGCUGGAAGGUGACCUGAAGGGGCCUGAACUGGACAUCAAGGGUCCCAAAGUCGACGUUGAUGUUCCAGAUGUGGACAUGGAAGGUCCAGAUGUGGACAUUGAUCUCCCAGAGGGGAAGGUGAAGGGCCCCAAGUUCAAGAUGCCCGAGAUGCACAUCAAGGCCCCCAAGAUCUCCAUGCCUGACGUUGACUUCAACCUCAAAGGCCCCAAACUGAAAGGAGACAUCGAUGUCUCUGCUCCAAAGCUCGAGGGUGACCUGAAAGCCCCAGAAAUUGACCUCAAGGGCCCCAAAGUCGAUGUGGAUCUCCCUGAUGUUGAUUUAGAAGGGCCCGAGGGGAAGAUCAAAGGGCCCAAGUUCAAGAUGCCCGAGAUGCACAUCAAGGCCCCCAAGAUCUCCAUGCCCGAUGUCGACUUCAGCCUCAAAGGCCCCAAAUUAAAGGGAGACGUCGAUGUCUCUGUCCCCAAGCUGGAAGGUGACCUGAAGGGCCCAGAACUGGACAUCAAAGGCCCCAAGGUGGACAUUGAAGCACCCGACCUGGACAUUCACGACCCAGAAGGGAAAAUCAAAAUGCCCAAGUUCAAGAUGCCCAAAUUCGGCUUUUCUGGGCCCAAAGUGGAAGGCCCCGAGGUGGACAUGAAUCUCCCCGAGGCCGAGGUCAACAUUUCGGGUCCAAAAGUCGACGUUUCUGUCCCCGAGCUGGACAUUGAGGGCCCCGAGGGGAAACUGAAGGGGCCCAAGCUGAAGAAGCCGGAGCUGCAGUUCAACGUCCCCAAGAUCUCCAUGCCUGACAUCGACCUCAACCUGAAGGGCCCCAAGCUCAAAGGUGACCUCGAUGCUUCUCUGCCCAGGGUGGAGGGUGAGCUGAAGGGCCCCAAAGUGGACAUCAAAGGGCCGGAGCUGGAGCUGGAGGGGCCGAAGGUGGACCUGGAAGGAAAAGCUAAAAAAUCCAGGUUUAAACUCCCCAAGUUUGGCUUUUCUGGCCCAAAAGUUCAGAGCCCCGAGGUGGAUGUGAAGGUUAAAAAGCCUGAGGUGGAGCUGUCCGGCCCCAGAGUCGAGGUCCAGGGUCCGGAUUUGGAUGUGCAGGGAAAAUCCAAGGGCUCCAAAUUCAAAAUGCCUUUUCUGAACAUUUCUUCACCCAAAAUGUCGAUGCCGGAUGUGGAGCUGAACCUGAAGGGGCACAAGAUGAAGGGGGAGUUUGACCUGUCCACCCCCAAACUGGAGGGGGAGCUGAAGGGUCCUGAGGUGGACAUCAAGGGCCCCAAGGUCAACAUCGAGGCCCCCGACGUGGACGUUCACGGCCCGGAGGGGAAAAUCAAAAUGCCCAAGUUCAAAAUGCCCAAAUUUGGGGUUCCUGGGUUCAAAGGGGAGGGGCCAGAAGUGGACGUGAACCUGCCCACAGGAGAACUGGAUGCGUCCGGUCCUAAAGUGGACAUUGAAGGUCCAGAGGUGGACAUUGAGGGGCCGGAGGGGAAGAUCAAAGGGCCCAAGUUCAAGAUGCCCGAGAUGCACAUCAAAGCCCCCAAGAUCUCCAUGCCCGACAUCGACCUCAACCUGAAGGGCCCCAAGGUCAAGGGGGACGUGGACGUGUCCCUGCCCCAGGUGGACCUGAAGGGACCCAAUGUGGACGUGGAGGUUCCCGACAUCGACAUCGAGGGCCCGAAAGGGAAAAUCAAAGGCCCCAAAUUCAAAAUGCCCGAGAUGAACAUCAAAGCCCCCAACCUGUCCAUGCCGGACCUGGACCUCAACCUGAAAGGUCAGGUCAAAGGGGGGGCCGACAUCAAUCUGUCUGCACCAAAAAUCGAGGGAGACCUGAGCUUGCCGGACGUUGACAUCAAAGGCCCCAAAGUGGACAUUGAAGGGCCAGAGGUGGACAUUGAGGGGCCCGAGGGGAAGAUCAAAGGGCCCAAGUUCAAGAUGCCCGAGAUGCACAUCAAGGCCCCCAAGAUCUCCAUGCCUGAUGUUGAUUUCAACCUGAAAGGCCCCAAAACCAAGGGGGACAUCGAUGUUUCUGCUCCAAAGCUGGAGGGUGACCUUAAAGCCCCAGACAUCGACAUCAAGGGCCCCAAAGUGGACAUUGAGGCACCUGACGUGGACAUUCACGGUCCAGAGGGGAAAUUCAAGAUGCCCAAGUUCAAAAUGCCCAAAUUUGGGCUGAAGGGAGAAGGCCCCGAGGUGGACGUGAACCUCCCGAAAGGAGACCUGGAUGUGUCCAGCCCCAAGGUGGACAUUGAAGGUCCAGAUGUGGAUGUGGAGCUGCCAGAGGGGAAGGUGAAGGGUCCCAAGUUCAAGAUGCCCGAGAUGCAUUUUAAGACCCCCAAGAUCUCCAUGCCCGACAUUGAUUUGAAUCUCAAAGGCCCCAAACUGAAGGGGGACGUUGAUGUCUCUGUCCCCAAGAUGGAAGGAGACCUGAAAGGACCCGAAAUUGACCUUAAGGGCCCCAAAGUCGAUGUGGACCUCCCCGAUGUUGAUCUGGAAGGGCCAGAGGGGAAGAUCAAAGGCCCCAAGUUCAAGAUGCCUGAGAUGCACGUCAAGGCCCCCAAGAUCUCCAUGCCAGACUUUGAUCUCAACAUGAAAGGCCCCAAAGUGAAGGGAGACGUGGGCGUGUCCCUGCCCAGCGUGGAAGGAGACCUUAAAGGGCCAAAGGUGGAUGUGAAAGGCCCCGAAUUCGAUGUUUCUGCCCCAGAUGUUCAAAUUGAGGGCCCUGAAGGGAAGAUCAAAGGCCCCAAGUUCAAGAUGCCCGAGAUGGACAUCAAAGCCCCCAAGAUCUCCAUGCCCGACUUUGACCUGAACCUGAAGGGCCCCAAAUUGAAGGAGGACAUUGAUGUUUCUGGUCCCAAGCUGGAAGGAGACCUGAAGGCCCCAGACAUCGACAUCAAAGGCCCCAAAGUCGAUGUUGACCUCCCUGAUGUGGAGUUGGAAGGUCCCGAGGGGAAGAUCAAAGGCCCCAAGUUCAAGAUGCCCGAGAUGCACAUCAAGGCCCCCAAGAUCUCCAUGCCUGACGUUGAUUUCAACCUGAAGGGCCCCAAAGUCAAAUGUGAUGUGGACGUGUCCCUUCCAAAACUGGAGGGUGACCUGAAAGCCCCAGACAUCGACAUCAAGGGUCCCAAAGUGGACAUUGAAGGUCCAGAUGUGGACGUGGAGCUGCCAGAGGGGAAGGUGAAGGGCCCCAAGUUCAAGAUGCCCGAGAUGCACAUCAAGGCCCCCAAGAUCUCCAUGCCCGACGUUGAUUUCAACCUCAAAGGCCCCAAACUGAAAGGAGACAUCGAUGUCUCUGCUCCAAAGCUCGAGGGUGACCUGAAAGCCCCAGACAUCGACAUCAAGGGCCCCAAAGUCGAUGUUGAUCUCCCUGAUGUAGAGCUGGAAGGUCCCGAGGGGAAGAUCAAAGGGCCCAAGUUCAAGAUGCCCGAGAUGCACAUCAAGGCCCCCAAGAUCUCCAUGCCUGAUGUUGAUUUCAACCUGAAGGGCCCCAAAGUCAAGGGCGACAUUGACGUCUCUGUCCCCAAGCUGCAAGGUGACCUGAAGGGCCCUGAAAUUGAUAUCAAGGGCCCCAAAGUGGAUGUUGAUGUGCCACACGUGGACAUUCACGGCCCAGAAGGGAAAAUCAAAAUGCCCAAGUUCAAGAUGCCCAAAUUCGGCUUUUCUGGGCCCAAAGUGGAAGGCCCCGAGGUGGAUGUGAACCUGCCCUCAGGAAACCUGGAUGUGUCCGGCCCCAGGGUGGACACUGAGGGGCCAGAGGUGGACAUUGCUCUCCCAGAGGGGAAGGCGAAGGGUCCCAAGUUCAAGAUGCCCGAGAUGCACAUCAAAGCCCCCAAGAUCUCCAUGCCCGACUUUGACCUGAACCUGAAGGGCCCCACAUUGAAGGGGGACAUUGAUGUUUCUGGUCCCAAGCUGGAAGGAGACCUGAAGGCCCCAGACAUCGAUAUCAAGGGCCCCAAAGUUGAUGUGGAUCUCCCUGAUGUGGAGCUGGAAGGGCCCGAGGGGAAGAUCAAAGGGCCCAAGUUCAAGAUGCCCGAGAUGCACAUCAAGGCCCCCAAGAUCUCCAUGCCUGAUGUUGAUUUCAACCUGAAGGGCCCCAAAAUCAAGGGGGACAUUGAUGUCUCGGCUCCCAAGCUGGAGGGUGACCUGAAAGCCCCAGACAUCGACAUCAAGGGCCCCAUGGUGGACGUUGAGAUGCCGAGUGUGGACAUUGAGGGCCCAGAGGGGAAGAUCAAAGGCCCCAAGUUCAAGAUGCCCGAGAUGCACAUCAAAGCCCCCAAGAUCUCCAUGCCCGACGUCGAUUUCAAUCUCAAAGGCCCCAAACUGAAGGGUGAUGUUGAUGUCUCUGCCCCGAAGCUGGAGGGGAACCUGCAGUGCCCAGAUGUUGACCUCAAGGGCCCCAGGGUGGACAUUCAGGCCCCGGAUGUAACCCUGGAAGGGCCCAAGUUGAAGAUGCCCGAAAUUCACGUCAAGACCCCCCAGAUCUCCAUGCCGGACAUUGACCUGAACCUGAAGGGGCUGAAGGUCAAAGGUGACGCUGACCUGCACGGCCCCAAGCUCGAGGGGGGCCUCAAGGGGCCCGAUCUGGACAUCAAAGGCCCCAAGGUGGACAUCGAGGGCCCCGCGGUCGACGUCGAUGGCCUGGAGGGGAAGGUGAAGCUGCCCAAAAUGAAAAUGCCCAAAUUUGGCUUGAAGGGCGAAGGCCCCGAGGUGGACGUUAAUCUGCCCAAGGCCGAGGUGGAUCUGUCUGGGCCCAAGGUCGAUCUCAGCCUGCCAGAGGUCAACGUUGAAGGUCCGGAGGGCAAAGUGAAAGGGCCUAAACUGAAAAUGCCCGAAAUGCACGUGAACGUCCCCAAAAUCUCCAUGCCCGAGAUAGACUUGAACCUGAAAGGCCACAAAACAAAGGGUGGCUUUGACAUUUCCACCCCCAAGGUGGAAGGUCACCUGAAGGGCCCCGAGGUCGAGCUCAAAGGCCCAGAAUUUGGGGUGAAAGGCCCAGAAUUUGGGAUCAAAGGCCCCGAAGUUGACGUUGAAUGUCCCGAUGUGAACGUGGAGGUCCCAGAAGCCAACAUCAAAGCUCCCAAGUUCAAAAAGUCCAAAUUUGGGUUCGGCAUGAAGACCCCCAAGGCCGAGCUGGAUUUACCCGAGGCGGAGCUGAGCGUGGAGUCCCCCGAGGCGCACCUGGCCGCGAAGGGCAAGAAGAGCAAGUUCAAGAUGCCCAAAAUCCACAUGAGCGGCCCCAAAGUGAAGGGCAAGAAGGGCGCGUUCGAGGUGAGCGUGGCCGGCGCCGAGCCGGACGCGGAGCUCAGCGGCCCCGACGUCGCCGCGGGCGGAAGCGCCGCCGUGAAAUCCCCCAAGGGCAAGAAACCCAUGUUUGGGAAGAUCUCCUUCCCGGACGUCGAGUUCGACCUGAAAUCGCACAAAUUCCGUGGGGAGGCCCCGAAAGUCGAGGGCGAUCUGGAGGCCAAGGGCGACCUCAAGGGCGACCUCAACGUGGACGUGGAGGGCUCCGAGGUGAACCUGAAGAGCCCAAAAUUGAAACUGCCCGGGGUCCAGGUGGGCGCGGGGGACGUGAAUGUCGGGGGGCAGCUGAAGGGCCCCCCCGGGGUCGGCGUCGAGGUGAAAGGACCAAAGGUGAAAGGUGAGGUCGGCAUGGGCGGAGCGCAACUGGAAGGUCCCAAGGUCAGCCUGGGGUGGCCCAAGGGGGGCAGAGCGGGUCUGGGGCUGGAAGUGCCGGACGUGAGCUCAGAGCUGGACGUGAAGCUCAAAGGGCCCCAGAUCUCCGGAGCUGAGCUGGAGGGGAACCUGAAAGGACCAAAACUAAAGGGAGAUUUGGACAUUUCGGGCUCCGUGGAAGGGCCUGGCGUGGGCCUGGACCUCGGCGGCCUCGGGGGCAAGGUGAAGCUGCCCACGGUGAAGACCCCGACUCUGGAGGUCCAGGGGGGCGGCCCCUGCUCCGUCCAGUCCCCGGGGGCCGGCCUGGACCUGCAGGGGCCCUCGCUGGACGUGUCCGGCCUGGAUGUGGAUGUCAGCACGAAAGGACCAAAGGUGAAAGGAGAGGUGGGCGUCAAAGCCCCCCAGGUGUCAUCGGACGACGCCGGGUUUGAGAUUCUGGGGGGCACCAUCAAGCUGCCCUCGCUGAAGUUGCCCCAAUUCAGCAUCGCCAGCCCCGGCGGGGACGCGGGGGUCGCUCUGGAGGGCCCCCAGGUCAAGGGGGCGCUGGAAGGCCCCGAGGUGGAGCUGAAAGGGCCGAAAUUCUCCUCGCCCGACGCCGACCUGAGGCUGAAAGGACCAAACGUGGACGUGGCCGGUGACAUCAAAGGGUCAAAGGUCAGCGUGGACGCCCCUCACGGAGGGGUCGGCAUCCACCUGGAGGCUCCGGCCGUGGAAGUGUCCGGCUCGGGGCUGAACCUCAACGUGAAGGGGCCGAAGGUCAAGGGCGGCGUUGAGGCCACGCCGCCGUCGGUCAGCGCCGCUUCCGGAACGUUCCACGCCUCCUGCCCCAGGCUGGGCGCCGAGGGCGGCCAGGUCAAGGUGUCCUUCCCCAAGCUCCGCAUGCCCAAAUUCGUCUUCUCGGAGCCCGAGCCCAAGGGCCGCGAGGUCGGCGUGGACGUCGAGUUCCCCGAGGCCGAGCCGGACGAGGCCGAGGCGCGGCUCAAGAGAUCCAAGAUCAAGAUGCCCAAGUUCAACUUCUCCAAGCAGAAAGGCCGGGCUGGCGGUGGUGGCAUCACCCCGGGGUCCCCCGAGGCCGCGUCCGGCUCCGCGUCCGGCUCCGUGUCCGGCUCCAAGGGCAGCCUGGAGGGCGAGCUGGAGGCCGAGGCGCCCGCGGGCAAGGCCAAGUUCUCGCUGUUCCGCGGCAAGAAGGCGCGGCCGCGCUCGUCGUCCUUCAGCGAGGCCGAGCCCGAGGGCGCCCGGCAGCCCCGCGGCAAAUUCGGGACCUUCGGGGGCAUCGGCUCCAAGGGCAAGGGCAGCUACGAGGUGACCCCCGGGCACGAGGGCGGGUCAUCGCCGCCGCCCCAGCCCGCCCGGCUCUCGUCGUCGUCGUCGUCGUCCGAGGGCGGCGCCCGCGCCGGGGUCCGGCUGCCGGGGCUGGAGCUGGCCGUGGCCAAACGCAAGGAGUGA